AGGUGGCCAGGGCGGCCUCCACUUCUCCACGGAGUCGGCGGGCGAGCUGCGCCAGACGCCGUGGAUGUCCUUCGGCGGGGUCGGCCUCAAGGUGGUCUGGGGCCACACCAGCAGUGGCGUCAAGUACCUCAACGUCCUCCUGAAGCACGUGAGCCAGGCCGGCGUCACGGUCGGAGGCCUCCUCGGCGUGGACGACCACUCUUGGGCGGCGUCCCGCAGCGCGAGCUGCAUGCGCCCGGUCGCCCUGGGCAAGGUGGGCAUCGCGGCACGCGAGGGACCGGCCUCGGCCGAGCACGCCCCGGUCGUGCUCGAGGCGUCGGUUGCGACCUGGGAGUGAGCGCCAGUGUCGACCUUGGGUGAGCGCUGGGCCCCAAUGUUUGUGAUCCCCCGGGUGCUGUUAUCAGGUUUAUUCGGUCAGCAGAAUCUCUCUGAUCGGCGUUUGGCUGCCCUCCCCUGGCACGCGACGAUAGCCAGGGGGGGCCCAGCGCCGACCAAGGAAAUCCUAGUCUGCGGGUAUACGCAUGGCAUUCUCCUUGGCGUGCCCGUGGGUUUCUCCCCUCCCACCUCGGUGCUUGAGCCUGAGGCGGGCUGGGAGGCGCCCGCAUGGCAGGCGCUUUGGGGCCGGUCGCUUGCGCGACGGCCGCGGAGCGCUGGUUUGAUGGGCAGAGUCGCUGCUGCUGGUGGUACUUUUUAAACCGUGUGCAUCUCGCAGGGUCUCACAUGUUGCGGCUCAUUGUGAAGGCCGUACGUCAGGUGCCGCCGACCCUGAGCACGAUGACGAGGACG